AUGGUUCCAAAAGAUAUGUCUUUCGAAUUCGAACGUGUAAGGGUCGUGUUUAGAAGUUUAAUUAAUGACUCCUGCAUAGACGUUAUAAAUAUUGACUUCAAACUCAACAGAGUGUGAUGUUUUGACGAUUAAAUCAAAGCAUGGUAGAAAUGUUGUGACUUCAAAGGAAUCUCAUGCCGAUAACAAUAUCUUUUGUGUCAAAACAACAAUUUCACAAUUUCAAUUGGUAAAGAAUAAAGUCCAACUAAAGCAAAGCGAAGUUGCUCUGAUUCAAUCUCAUCUUAGCUUUGUACCUCAAAGGAACAUAGCUAAAUCAAGAUCAACUCACCCAUAACUUGUUUGGCUUCUUUCCAUUCCCACAGAGACAAUUUCAACUUCUUUCGUCCAACAUUCCGCAGCUACUCUACAAAGUAAAGUCCAUUGAGCGCAGAUUCCUUGGCGCGUGCGGAAGUCAGAUCUUAGCGACUUCGAAUAAACAAGGAAUUUGAAAAUUGCCAAUAAACAGGUGAAAACGAUCGAAAGAUUAAAACCUUAUACAAUAUAAAUAAUUAAAAUCAAGUUAAACAAAACUAAUAAUUGAUUGUCUUGGAGAUGGCUCAUCAAAGUUCGUUUAUAUGAUAAAAUAUUCCAACGCGCGUCUAGGCAACCAAAAUUUCCUUCGCAUAAUUGCCAGGUUACCUAGUACAGAUUGCAAGAUGGCGAACACUAAGAGAAAGGUAGAUUUGAAUUUCUCUUUGAGUACUACCAUCACGUCUGAUCCUCUUCUUUAAUCCGAAAAAAAUGUAAACGAAUUUGAUUUUCCUUCCCUGUAGAUCGGUGGAGAGGACACGAACAUUACGUUUGAAGAUCAACAGCAGAUUAACACAUUUGCACGGAAAAGUGCCAGAAUCCAAGAACUUAAAGAUGAAAUUGAACAAAAAAAGGUUUGAAAUAAGGCAGGAAUUCUCGAAUACUAAGCUUGUAUAAUCUACAGCUUUCUCUCUGACAAUUACUUAUCAAUACCUAUCCCAGGAGUCAUGAUCCCAAACCAAUAUAUAAUCAUGUAGUAGGUACAUGUGUGUAAGCGUUGAAAGCCUAUCUAGGGGAGUUGGAUGUAAGCUUAUUUCCAAUUCAGUUAUCAAAACUCAGCAUCCAGUUGUUAAUCGGUGAAAUUUCCGUAUAACUUUAUAAUUCGUUUUGCAUACAGUUAAGAAAACAGUUCAUAACUCUGGCAAAAACAAAAGAUUUCAUUUUGGACAAAAUUUUGGUUUAGAAUAUUAUUGGGGGUAAAAUCUGUUUACCCAAUGGCAAUGUAUGGUUUUUUCAUUGUUUUCUCUAUCCAAGAACUGAAUGCAUAAUGUAGUAUGGGGCUGUGCAGAAAUAUUACCGUAUUGGGCCUUGCAGAAAUCUUUUUCUAAUCCAUUUUUCUCAGGGAGAGUAAGCUAACCUUGUGUUCUGAUAGGGGGCUUCUUAAGGUAGCAAGGUUGUGUACAUUUCCUUACCAACUUGCCUGCAACUUGUCCUUCUCAAGGAAGAAAAUCGUGGUAGUUGUUGCUGUCAUGGAAUUAAAUGGCAACCCUGUGUUGCUGACCUUUUGUAGUGGGUUGGAACGUUUUGAUGUCACACUUGCUCCAUAAUCCACAUAAUACAUCGAGAAUUUUUUCUUUCCUUCAGAAAGAGCUUCAGAAUCUUGAAGAUGCAGGUGAUGAACUGAUGAUGUUAGAUGAUGAUACAACACCAAUUCCAUAUCCUUUCUCUAAUUUCUAUCAUAUUUAUUUACUUUUGCAAUUUAAGUGACUGUUUUUUUCUGGAGGAAGAGUUGUAUAUGUUUAUUUGAGCCAGUUUUUUGUGCUGGUACCCACAGUUCCACAGUCAGUCUUACUGGAGGCUAAAGAGAAAGAUUAACAAGAAGCUUUCGUACCUAAAAAAAAAAAAGAAAUAAGUUUGACUGUCACUUUGCUGUUAAGUAAUUUUUAUUCUUGCAAUUGAGACUCCAUUUCUGUUACUUUCUUUUCUUAAAUCACCAAACCUUUGUUUUCCCACCUUUGUUGGAAACAAGUGAAAUCUUUCUUCAAGACUGAGUUUUCUCAUUUGCCUGUAUUAGAGAGAAAGCAGCAUUUCAAAGUUUUAAGGGUCCUUAACAAUUGUUAUUUAUAGAAUAGGGGAAAUAUUUAUCCAUUUGUCAUCAGAGGAAACUCAAGAAUAUCUGGAGAAUGCAAAAUCCAAGAUACAGGAUGAAAUAAAAUCCUUGGAAUCCAACACUGCAGAAGUUAAACAGCUCCUGGCUGAUCUUAAAGUGAAACUUUAUGCCAAAUUUGGCAAUAAUAUCAAUUUGGAGGCAGAGGAGGAGUGA